AUCAAACAUGCUGCACUCUCCGAGAGAAUACUUGAAAGUAAUCUCCCUCCAGAGCCUGUGAACCUCUGCUCCUCUCCGCUUCAGCCAGCUCAGCCUUGCUACCUGCUCCUGCCAUGCUGAGCGCCGUGCUCUGCCUCCAGUCCCAGGCCAAUUCCGCCCAUUACUGGCCCCUCCAUGUGUUCCUGCUGGAGCUGCUGAUGCCGGGAGUCCUGCCUAGCAUCUCCAGAUUGCCCCCCACAGCCAAGCGCGAGAUCAUCAUAGAUGGAGACUUGGUGAUCGGAGCCCUGUUCCCGGUGCACCAUAAAGGUGAGGGGACGGAGGACUGCGGGAAGAUCAAUGAGGAGAGAGGCAUACAGCGGCUUGAGGCCAUGCUGUUGGCUCUUGACGAGAUUAAUGCCAGCGACCGCAUUCUGCCCGGACUCCAGCUGGGGGCCCACAUCCUGGACACCUGCUCGAAGGACACCUACGCUCUGGAGCAGUCCCUAGACUUUGUCCGAGCGUCUCUCACCAAGGUGCACGAUCCCGGCUUCAUCUGCCCCGACGGCUCCCGCCCCGUCCAGAACGAGGUCCCUCUGGCCAUCUCUGGGGUCAUCGGAGGCUCCUACAGCGACGUUUCCAUCCAGGUGGCCAAUCUCUUGCGUUUGUUCCAGAUCCCUCAGAUCAGCUACGCCUCCACCAGUGCAAAGCUCAGCGACAAAACCCGCUAUGACUACUUUGCCCGCACUGUGCCCCCCGACUUCUACCAGGCCAAGGCCAUGGCCGAGAUCCUACGCUACUUCAACUGGACCUACGUGUCGACAGUGGCCUCGGAAGGCGACUACGGCGAAACCGGCAUCGACGCCUUCCAGCAGGAGGCCCGCUCUCGCCAGAUCUGCAUCGCCACUUCGGCCAAAGUGAGCCGGUCCAUGAACCGCCAGAGCUACGAGAACGUGAUCCGCUCCCUGCAGCAGAAGUCUAACGCCAAGGUGGUCAUCCUCUUCACCCGCAGCGAGGACGCCCGCGAGCUGCUCGUGGCCGCCGCCCGAAUGAACGUCUCCUUCAUCUGGGUGGCGAGCGACGGGUGGGGAGCUCAGGAGAGCGUGGUGAGGGGCAGCGAGACGGCAGCCGAUGGCGCCUUCACCAUCGAGCUGGCCUCGUACCCGAUCAGAGAGUUUGAAGACUACUUCACCAAGCUGAACCCGUACACGAACAUGAGGAACCCGUGGUUCAAGGAGUUCUGGGAGCACCGCUUCGGCUGCAGCCUUCAGGAGCACGGCUGCAGCGAUCACAGUUUGAGGGACGGAACCUUCGAGCAGGAGUCCAAGAUCAUGUUUGUGGUGAACGCCGUCUACGCCAUGGCCUAUGCCCUGCACAACAUGAGACAGGCCGUGUGCUCCAACACAUCCAAAGUAUGUGAUGCCAUGAAACCAGGUAACGGCAAAAGGUUUUACAAGGAGUUCAUCUUGAAGACCAAGUUUGAGGCUCCGUUCAAACCUGCAGACACGGAGAGCAUGGUGCGCUUCGACUCCUUCGGCGACAGCAUCAGUCGCUACAAUAUCUUCCAUUACCACAAAGAGGAGGGGAAGUUUAUCUACAAGAAGGUGGGCUACUGGGACCAGAACCUGACCCUGAACACCAGCGUGGUGCCAUGGCGAGGUGUCGUCCCACCGACCUCGCAGUGUAGCGACCCCUGCAGGAAGAACGAGAUAAAGAGCAUGCAGCCCGGCGACGUCUGCUGCUGGAUCUGUAUCCCCUGCCAGCCCUAUCAGUACCUGCAGGACGAGUUCACCUGCGCUGACUGCAGCUUCGGGCAGUGGCCUCUGGCAAACCUGACAGGCUGCUACGAUCUUCCUGAAGAGUACAUCCGGUGGGAGGACGCCUGGGCGAUCGGGCCUGUGACCAUCUCCUGCCUGGGUAUACUGUGCACCCUGUCUGUGGUGGGUCUGUUCUUCAAGCACAACGAAACCCCCGUGGUGAAGGCAAGCGGGCGUGAGCUCUCCUACAUCCUGCUGCUGGGCGUGCUGAUGUGCUACAGCAUGACCUUCAUUUACAUCACCAAACCGUCCACCGCCGUGUGCACCCUGCGCCGGCUCGGCCUGGGCACCUCGUUCGCCGUUUGCUACUCCGCUCUGCUGACGAAGACCAACCGCAUCGCUCGCAUUUUCAGCGGGGUGAAGGAUGGAGCGCAGCGGCCGCGCUUCAUCAGCCCGGCGUCCCAGGUCGCAAUCUGCGGCGCUCUUAUCUCCUGCCAGCUGCUGGUGGCCGUUAUCUGGCUGCUGGUGGAAGUGCCGGGGGUUCGGAAGGAGGUGAGCCCGGAGAGGAGAGACGUCGUCACCCUCAAGUGCAACAGCAGAGACACCAGCAUGCUCAUGUCUCUGGCCUACAACUGCAUCCUCAUCAUCCUCUGCACCGUCUACGCUUUCAAGACCAGGAAAUGCCCUGAAAACUUCAACGAGGCCAAGUUUAUUGGCUUUACCAUGUAUACCACCUGUAUCAUCUGGCUUGCCUUCCAGCCCAUCUUCUAUGUGACUGCCAGUGACUACAGGGUGCAGACCACCACCAUGUGCAUCUCCGUCAGUCUGAGUGGCUCGGUGGUUCUUGGCUGCCUCUUCGCCCCCAAGAUCCACAUCAUCUUAUUCCAGCCGCAGAAAAACGUGGCCACCCUGAGAGUCACGGCCAACCGCUUCAGUGCCACAGUGUCCACCUCCGCCUCGGCCCCCAGCUCCAGCUACUCCAAAGGAUCGGCCUCCAACUACGUGCCAGCGGUUUGUAACGGCCGCGAGGUGGUGGACUCCACGACGUCCUCUUUGUGA